UGCUAAUCACAUGACCAGACAGGGCUGCUGCUGCUGCUGCAGCUGGUGUUGUCGAGCUGUCACAGAGAAACUGUCAAACACACACUUAUUGGAUUCAUUUGGUCCCACGAUUUUUGUCUGGCAUGAUGGAGUCAUUAUGGGGUGGAUUGAACACCCCGUGAAAUGUGGACCGAAGCAAGAAUCUCCCACCUUGCAUCUUUUUUCCCUAACCACAUCCUGCCGCUGUCAUGGCCUCCAGUUAUCCACAACCCUUUGAAGGAACAGGUGAAGUGAAGGAGGGCUUUCUCUGCCCACUUUGCCUGAAGGACCUUCAGUCAUUCUACCAACUCCAAGCCCACUUUGAAGAGGAGCACUCUGGGGAUGACGGCAAUGUGAGGGGACAGCUCAAAAGUUUGGUUCAGAAGGCAAAGAAAGCCAAAGACAAGCUGUUGAAACGGGAUGGAGAUGACAGACCAGAUACAGGCAGUUAUGAGUCCUUUUACUAUGGAGGAGUGGACCCCUACAUGUGGGAGCCUCAGGAACUGGGAGCGACCAGAAGUCACCUUGACUUCUUUAAAAAACACCGGGCAGCCAGGAUAGAUCAUUACGUCAUUGAGGUCAACAAGCUCAUCAUAAGACUGGAAAAAUUGACAUCGUUUGACAGGAUGAACUCUGAUGUCGCCAAAAUUAGAGCCAUUGAGAAGUCGGUGGUGUCAUGGGUGAAUGACUCAGAUGUCCCGUUCUGUCCUGACUGUGGAAACAAGUUCAACAUCCGGAACAGGCGGCACCACUGUCGUCUCUGUGGGUCCAUCAUGUGCAGGAAGUGCAUGGACUUCAUCCCUUUGCCUAUGGCUCAAAAGCUGAUCAGUGGGAUACGAGGUGCCCUGUGUGUACCUGGAAGCCCCAUUCAUUCCCAGUCCCCCCCAGCAGGAGGGGGCGGCACUGGGAUGGGCUCCAGGAGAGGCAGCAUCAGCAGCCUGAGCAGCGUCACCUCCAUGCUGGAGGAGAAGGACGACGAGAAGAUCCGCUGCUGUCACCACUGCAUGGACACGCUGCUGAAGAGACAGCAGAAGUUGGAAGAGAGGGACCACAUGCCGGAUAUUGUGAAACUUUAUGAGAGACUGAGGAUGUGCAUGGAGAAAGUGGAUGAAAAGGCUCCAGAAUACAUUAGAAUGGCAGAGUCGCUCAAUGCCGGAGAAACUACAUAUAAUCUUGACACUGCUGGUGGACUGAGACUGGAAGUACAGAAAUACUACGAGCUAAUCGAUGCCCUGAGUAAGAAGAUUUUAACACUAGGAGCAAAAGAUGAUCCACCACCGCGUCCAAAGUCCCUUCAGCUGCAGAAGAUGAUCCGCUACACAGCAACACUAUUUGUUCAGGAGAAGCUGUUGGGUCUCAUGUCUUUGCCCACUAAGGCUAAAUAUGAAGAGCUGAAAGAAAAGAGGAAACAGGAACAAGAGAAGAGACUCCAACAAGAAAGACUGGUCACCCAGGAGACCCUGAAGAAGAGGCAGGAGUCUGAGAAAAACCGUCCAGCUCCAAGUACCAACGGAGAGCAGCCGCAAGCACCUAGAGCUCCACGCAUGACCAAAGCUGGCGGAUGGUUGCCCUCUGCAGACUCCGACAAUAUUGAGCUGGAGGACCCCCUCCUGCAGCAGAUUCAAAACAUACAGUCAUUCAUUCGUCAGGCACGCAAGGCCAAUAGAACAGACGAGGUAGCCAUGUUGGAGGAUAACCUGCGUCAGCUGCAGGAUGAGUACGACCAGCAGCAGACCAGCCUGGCCAUCGCACUUUCCCAGAAGAUGGCCAAGGAGGAGAGCUUGCAGCAGGGGGAGCUUGAUCGCCUGGAAGCGCGGGAAAGGGAUGGGCGGGAGCACUGGGGCCCAACUGUGGGCUCCAACCAACCGUCCUUCACUUGGGAGAGGUCUCUGGAUAUCAGCACGCCAGCCGGCUUCCAAGGGGAGGAAGACCCUGAAGCAGAGGACCUGACUCCGAAAGCUGAGAGUCCAUCCUCUGUAAGAGCUUUCCCUGCUGUCACAAGCCAGGAGGAGUCACCUCCCCGGUUAAGGAGCUUAGGGGGGCAUGUAACACCGCCUGGUGGUGAAGGGCAGAACAACACCCCACUUAACCCUUUCGAUGAAGAAGAGUCUACCCCCACUGAGGAGGAUUCAUCCAACCCCUUCUUUGAGGACAUAAAGAGAGAACACAAAGGGGUGAGCAACGGGAAGAAAGAAUACAACCCGUUUGAUGAAGACGAAGAGGUGGAGGAGGAAGCUCAACCAGCCGAGUCCGCAUCAGGCAACCCCUUUGAGGAGGACGGCACUACAGACACAGGCAACCCUUUCCUGGAGGCGUCCGGGAGUUCUCCAGGAGUCCCCAACAACCCCUUUGAAAGGGAAGAUGAUGAGGUUUUGCCCGACGUGGACAUGAUAGAGGAAGAGUUGCUGCUGCAGCAGAUUGACAACAUCAGGGCCUACAUUUUUGAUGCCAAGCUCAGCGGGCGUCUCGAUGAAGUGGAGCUCCUGUCUGAAAACCUCAGAGAGCUACAGCACACCCUUACAGAACAAAAAAAAAAGAAGCACUGAUACCGUCCACACAAAACCCCUAAGAUUACCCACCUGCUACUUACCAAGUCCUGCAAGGCUAGCUCACUUUACAUGACUAAUGAACCCACUGAGUUUAAUUUGGGGGAGGUCUGCUGAACCACAAAAAGAUUAGUCACAAAUUGAAAUGUGUACUAGAGCGUCCUAGUCUGGUUUGACUUCCUUAAUUUCCAACAUCUUUCUAAACCACUUAUCCUGUACAGGGUCACAGGGGGCUGGAGCCUAUCCCAGCAUGCACAGUUUUUAAGCACUGCAACUAAACAUCCAUGUGUACAGGCAUGUACUGAAGAUAUUAACCCUGCAGUAUCAGGGACAACAUGAACAAUGGAAGACAGAAGAAUGCUACUUACAUUUUUUUUAAUGGGACAGUCAGACGGCGCAAGUUACGAACAAAGUCAAAAUGUAACUGUGGCCAAGGGAACAAACGGAAGCCAUGAAGUGAUUAAUGCAUGUUUCAACAUCUGUGGAGGAACAACUUUCUUUUCAAUUCUGCGAAAGUUCUUCCUGUAUUCCAGUCAAACAGACUUUGACGUGUAAAAUCAGUGGAGUUGCCCUUUAAUUUCAUUGAUCAAAGUACCAUCUAUUCCCACAUUAGUUUAUAUUUGGCUCGUGAUUGAACCAUUAGCACACCAUGCUUUAAUGUUCUAACUGGGCCAUGAGCAACAUUACCACAAUUACCACCAAACAACCAUCUGAUAAUAAUUAGACGCAUUUGAAAUUAGACUUAUACCACAGCAGUGGGGCAGCCUAUUGUUUGCAGGAAACUGAUGAUUCAAUGCAAUGUUAUAUAUUCACAUUUAAUCCCAGACUUAAAUGAUCUAUUCAGUCACAAUUGUUGGUGCAAAGCCACUUUAUAAGGGAAAUUAAAGGCACAUUUCACAGAAUCGGGCCAUUAUUGCUGAUCCUGUUAUGUAAAUGUCCCACUGACUAUGAUGACAUUAUCAGAGGGAAGAGCUUUUAAUCCCUAAUCAUGCUUUAAAUAACAGACACAUCUACAUCUGCAAUACACAGUCUAUGUUGAAUAUGUAUUUUUUAUAGCAGCUAUUCAUUUCCGUUCCUGUGAAAGUUGCUAAAACAUGUUAACCUGUUUCUGUUUGCAUGGACGUAAGUGUUGGAUCUUGUGCAUCUAGUCUGUCAUGUUGGUCUCGGUAUGAAAGGGUAAUGUUUUUCCAAGCAUCUGAAACACCACAUUGAGCCAAAUAAGCAGAACAACUACAAUGUUUUACUGUACGACCACUAAAAGUUGCGAUGUUAAUGCUGACAGUGCCACUUCUGAUCCAACUGAGCAGUAUGUCUGUGUCAGUGCUGUUGAUGCUGGUCUUUCUGAAGAGCCAAUGGGCCCAGUUUCUCGUAUUGCUCAAUUUGUUUUAUACAUUCUGGUGAAAUCUCUAAACACAUAGCUCCUGUAAUGCCGAGAUCUGUGUGUGAAGCAUGUUAUCUGUUUAUCAAGUCCAUUAAGAGUUCAUCCAAACAGCACUCGCCAUCAACCAACUGAACACGAUCUCAGAAGCACAUCAUAGCCUACAUCAAGACUACAAAUUAAGCGCUGGAUUUCACUGGAAUUAUAGCUUACAGAUAGUAAUCAGAAUUUGUAAAGAUUUACUUAAUGCUCAGCUGCAACAUUAGACAUGUGUUUGUUUGUAAGAUAAAUUAACACUACAUGAAUGCCAGCAAGUAUUAUGACUCAGUGCUGCUACGUGCUAACAUUAACUUGUCUUUCCUGUCAGUCAGAAUGUCCACGCUUAUCUUCAGACUUACGUUUUGUGACGUUCGCUAAACACUGCUUAUCUGUGCUGUCCACAGAAGAUGUAAAGUGAAUCAUGUGACACUGUAAAUGUUUUGUGACAGUGAAUAACUCCAGGAGCUUCUUCAUGGUAUAUUAGCAGUUUAGCUAAUUUGGUAAAACAUUUCAAAAACACACUGACAUCAAUUUAUUAACUUUGAAAAUCCCAUCUCAGCACCAAUAAAAAAACCUUUCUCUGUAAAA